AUGGUGCUCUGCCCGGAGCACAAGCUCGAGAAGUGCGCGGCGUGCAACGUGGACUACGUGCACCUGAACCGGCUGUCGCGGCUGCUGGCGAAGAACCCGAACUUGCGGUGCCCGCCGCCGCCGCAGGUGAUGAGCAGGGAGCUGCAGGCAGCAGUAACGGGGUUGAAGGAGGAGGGGAAUAAACUGUUCAAGGCGGGGCAGCACCAGCAGGCGGUGUCCAAGUACACAAUGGCGGCGUCUGUCGCUGUACAACGUCCGCCAUGGGAGGCAUCGCAGUUCAUGCGCGAGGACGUGAGCGCCAUUCUGUCCAACAGAGCCGCGUCCUUCCUCGAGGUACAAGACCCCAUCUCUGCUCUUGCGGACGCAAAUGCCGUCGUCGAAAUACGGCGCCCUUGGUCAAAGGGUCACUUCCGUCGCGCCAAGGCCUUGCAACAGCUCGGCUCCCUCUCAGAGGCAGCAGCCGCUGCGCGCCAGGGUCUUGCCUUUGAGCCUGCCAGCGUGGUAAGUGUUCUGCCUGAGGUUCCUCCUUGCUUCUACUAA